UGGUCAAUUCACGAGAUCCCCGAUCGAGAUUGCACAGCUUUAGAUCACUAUGUAAAUGAUUUAGUGUCUUCAGGAAAAGGAAUAAAACUCGCGCCGAUCUUGCACCAGUAUAGCGGCGUGGGAGGAAACUAGAGUAAAAGUAUUGCUGCACUCUGAAAUAUACACAAUGGGAUUACUAAAUAACUUCUACCAUAUAUAAACCAAAAUUAUUUGGCUGAUGGUAGUUAUUUGGGUUGUGAACUAGCCAAGAAGGUGUUUUUAUUUUUUUCUUGUUAUUUUUCGCAAGUGCGUGAUUUUUGUUAACUUAGUGUACCUGAAAUAAUUGGGAUUACGAUAAUCAUGUUAUCUGAUAUAAGGACUGCUUUCGUCCUAGCCAUUUUUUGGUCAAUUGCCAAAAGUGAGCCACCAAGUACAGAUUACGGAACUCCUCUAGGAUCACCUAUUACAAAUUAUCAAGGAUCUGGUUCACAGUACAGCGGUCAAAAUAGCUACAAUAAUCAAAAUGGCUACACUAAUCAACCCAGCUACAGUGGCCAAAAUGGUUACAACAAUAACAAUUACAACGGAGGAAGUAAUGGUGACCACCAACAUGAUCACGGUGACGGAGAGCCCAAAGCUUACGAAUUCGGAUACCAAGUAAAGGACGACUACACUGGUACCAACUACAAUCGCCAGGAAUCCAGUGAUGGGAACCAAGUUCGAGGGGAAUACAGAGUAGCCCUUCCUGACGGUCGUACCCAAAUAGUGACUUACUGGGCUGACUGGCAAAGCGGUUUCCAUGCUGAUGUUAAGUACGAAGGGGAAGCCCAGUACCCAGACCAAUACAACAAAGGAAAUGGAUACCAAGGCGUUUCUAAUCAAUAUGGUGCUCCAACAGGUGGAUACAAUGGUUACAAUAGCAAUACCCCAUCUAGUUCUGCCAUCAACAAUUUAGCAGCAGGUCACGACAGCUAUAAUUACAACAAUAACAACAACUAUGAUUCCUACAGCAAUGGUUAUAAUAGCAACAACAAACCCAGUAGCACAUACGGAGCUCCAUAAUAAUAUAAAAAUAAAGUGAUGUGAAUUAAUUGUAAAUUUAAAAUUUUGAACGGCCCUUGUUGUGUGUCAUAUUUAAAAUGGUAUCCCCAAAUACCUCGGUAUCAUAGUUAUAAGUUGUACAGAAAAAUAUCUCAAUUAAGACGUGGUAAUGUUAAUGUGUAAGAG